ACAGGGUGCCAGUGACGCCAUCUUGAAAUCGUCCCGAGCAGAGGAGGCGAGGAGGAGACGGACUUGGGAAAAUCAGCUCGUCCUAAACUCGACAGCUACGUGGAUUAACGGCAGCUUCAGCGGCUAGUGCUAUCAUAUGAUAGUCUUUCCGCUUGUUCGUUCGAAUCUUUUGGACCGGGAACGGUUGUUUGGCCCACUUUGGAGAGGGCUGUCGCAGCGGGAGGGGGGAAAGGCAGUCUGGUAAUCGGUUGUUUCCCUGCUGGAGCGGACGGAGCCGUGGUUGUGGCCGGGCAGCCCCGCCGGACGAAGCCUAAAACCUCUGCACGGAAUAUAACACCUAAGAUAAAGCUUUUUAAUUCUUUUUUGCAAAUAGCGGGAGAGUGGAAAUGCUCCCUUUCGACGCAGUUUGGACAUUUUGAGAGCUAUGCGACGGAGCUCACCGAGGAGAAGUUUGAUUGGAGAGCGGAGUGCGUUUGAUUUGCAGUCCGAUGGAUGUUAGCCCUGCCCGGCUGUGGCUCGGGUCUGUGCACCGUUUAUCUGAAAAAUAGCACCACCGGGCACAGGUGAACAAUGCUGCUGCUGCAGACCUGGCAAGUACACGAUAACCCCGGCUCUAGUGCCAUCACUUCACCCUGCAUUGCUUGUGUAUAAACCUGGAAAUACCAGCGACCAUCCCCUCCUCCUUCUCUUCUUCAUCAUCCUCCCGUCUUCUUUUUUUUUGGACUAGUGAGGCUUGCAUUACCUGGGAUGUUUUGGAUGUAGACUCGAUCUUGACUUUUUCUAAAAGAAGAUGCAAUAUUUCCAGAGACAACAAGACAUUUAAUUUGACUCAAUCGUUUUGAGAUUUUUUGAAUUUUUUUCUGGAGCUUUUUGUGCUUUUGUAAAAUUCUCUUUCUAGUCAAGAGGAUCCGAUUCGGAUGGAAAAUGGGAGACGCCACCAAAUUGGCCUUCGCCGUUUUCCUCAUCUCCUGCUCUUCAGGCGCCAUCCUGGGACGCUCAGAGACGCAGGAGUGCGCCUACUACAACUCCAGCUGGGAGAAGGAGCGGACUAACCGCAGCGGCAUCGAACCCUGCUAUGGCGAGAAAGACAAGAGGCGGCACUGUUUCGCCACAUGGAAAAAUGUCUCCGGGACCGUGGAGAUUGUCAAGCAGGGAUGCUGGUUGGAUGAUGUCAACUGCUACGACAGUAACGAGUGUGUGGAGAGGAAGGAGAGUCCCGAUGUUUUCUUCUGCUGCUGUGAAGGCAACAUGUGCAACGAGAGGUUCCUGUACGCCCCUGAAGCACCCCCGCAGAGCGACCCGCACCAUUCGACCGCCUACACCACCUCCAACCCGUUCUCCCAGAAGCCCCAGCUCUUCAGUACCCUGCUUUACUCCCUGGUUCCCAUCAUAGGCCUGGCCGCUGUCGUCCUCUUCUCCUUCUGGAUGUGGAGGCACCACAAACUGGCGUACCCAGCUGCCCUCGUCCCCACACAUCACGCCUUUCACAUUAUGGUGGAGGAUCCCGGACCCUCACCCCCGUCCCCAAUUCUGGGACACAAACCUCUGCAGCUGAUUGAGGUGAAAGCCAGGGGGCGCUUCGGCUGUGUGUGGAAGGCGCAACUGCUGAACGAAUACAUGGCUGUUAAGAUCUUUCCCAUCCAGGACAAGCUGUCUUGGCAGAACGAGUACGAGAUCUACAGCGUGAGCGGCAUGAAGCACGAAAACAUCCUCCACUUUAUCGGCGUGGAGAAGAGGAACAACAACCUGGACCUGGAGCUGUGGCUCAUCACCGCCUACCACGACAAGGGCUCGUUGACAGACUACCUGAAGGCCAACGUGGUGUCCUGGAACGAGCUCUGCCACAUCGCUCAGUCAGCAGCCCGCGGCCUCGCCUACCUCCACGAAGACAUCCCAGGACACAAGGACGGGCACAAGCCCUCCAUCGCUCACAGGGACAUUAAAAGUAAGAAUGUGUUGUUGAAGAAUAACCUGACAGCCUGCAUAGCUGACUUUGGCCUCGCUCUGAAGUUUGAGGCAGGAAAAUCAGCAGGAGACACACACGGACAGGUGGGAACACGACGUUACAUGGCUCCCGAAGUCCUGGAGGGCGCAAUCAACUUCCAGCGUGAUUCCUUUUUGCGCAUCGAUAUGUACGCCUUUGGCCUCGUCCUGUGGGAGCUGGCAUCACGGUGCACCGCUGCCGACGGACCAGUAGAUGAGUACAUGCUCCCCUUUGAGGAGGAGGUGGGUCAGCACCCAUCUCUGGAGGACAUGCAGGAGGUGGUGGUGCAUAAGAAACUGCGGCCCUGCCUGCGAGACUGCUGGCAGAAACACACGGGUCUGGCCAUGCUUUGCGAAACAAUCGAGGACUGCUGGGACCACGAGGCCGAGGCACGCCUGUCCGCCGGCUGCGUCGAAGAGCGCAUCGGACAGAUGCAGCGCCAGGCGCCCGUCAUCGGCCCCGAGGAGAUCGUCACUGUUGUCACCAUGGUGACAAACGUGGACCUCCCACCCAAGGAGUCCAGCUUAUGAUCAGCCAAUCAGCCGACGCCAGACGAGCUCUAGCGAAAACACGGAUCAACACGAGGGGAUAAAUGGCCAACCCUGGUUGGUUGGCUUUGUGGGGUUUUUUUUUUCUUCUUCUUCUUCUUUUAUUAUUUUUUUUUCUCCUUCCUGUUCCUUUAAGUGCGGGCCGCUGCUCGCAUUCAGGAAACGCCCCUUGCGCCCGCCUCACCACAUCAGUUGACAUCCACCUCAUUUUGAUAGGCGUGCUUGAGGAUUUUAACGUUGAACUCUCUGCCAUCCUGAGCGGACUCACUCAGGAUGUUUUACCAAGCCACAGCACUGACAUGCUGGGACAACACUCUACAGACACUUUGAUCAUGUAUUGUUUUUAUAUACACAUAUACAUGCAAACGCACGCACGCACACAGACACACACACACAGAUGUAGGAGGGCGACGUGUUCUGCUCUGAGAAGAUUCUUCGGAGAAAUUUCACAAAACUCUCGGUGCAUUUUAGUGUUAAAAAACAACAAAAGAAGAAAAAAAAAGAAAAGACGAGCGUCCGGCUCUUGAUACAUUUGCUGUUUUCUCGUGUGUGUGUGUGUUUUGUUUUGUUUUUUCUUUUUCUUUUGUUUUUUUUGGGAGACUAUCGUUCUGCCAAUAAGCAACGGCUUCUGAAUGUUUAUAGUGUAAUGCUGCUGUACAUAGUGUAUUAUGGACCCAGACAACUUGGUAAUCAAGCUUAUUUUAAAUGGGGGGGAAUGGGGAGGGGGGUCCAUUUUCAAGCAUUACGACGAUAAAAACCAUAAACCUCCUUCAACCAGGUAUACCUCAGUUCAGAUGGACAGUUUUAAAAAAAAUCAGUCCCCCUCUCCCUGUUCACGGUCAUCGCUCGCACUUCCUUUACAACCUUUUGACCCUUCGUCAAUCAACAAAGCCUAGACACACACAGACACACACGGCCAUACAAACCGUAAAAAAAAACAACACAACUUUUUCCCUUCUUCGUCCCCUUCCUUUCUCUCAGUGUCUACUUCAACUUUCUCCUGUUGUUUUUUUUUUUUGGUUUUUUUUGCUUCUAUCAGAUGUUCAUGAGAGCGGGAUAAACUCAUGACCCCCCGACCACCACCACCCACACCCUGCCCACACCCGUGAUAAUGAAGUUGUCGUUUAAAGUUUUCUUUCUUUUUUUUUUGUUUGCCGUGUCAGCCGUCAGCAGAGAGUAAAUACCCAUUGCUGACUAGCUUGAAUUGGAGUCACGAGAUCUCUCUCUGGAUUAGCGCUGGGUACCAGCUAUAAUGAUACCUUCUCUUUUUCUUUUUCUUUUUGAUAUUUAAUCAGAGAUAUCAAACUCUCGGGUCAUAUUCUUGUUCAUUCAUUGUGAAAUAAAUUAUGUGUUGUUUGAUUCUAUUUAGAAAAAUCAGAUUAACAAAAAAACAAAAACAAACAAGAGGUCACCUGGCAUGAUUAUUUUUAGGAGGUAUCAAAUUUGAAGUACAGUUUCCAGAGGUACCCAGCCCUACUUUGGAACUGUGCCUGUAUUUAGCUGAGCCAGCUUGCUUUUGAUUUGAUUGCACGCAUCUUUUUAUUUUAUUUUAUUUUUUUUAAAUUAAGAGUUUCUGCUCUCUUUGGAUACACCUCAGGAAUCUUUGCUACUCAACACCACGCCCUCACAUCCUCAUCCUCACCUGUCUCGAACUGGAGUACCUCCUCUUUCGCCGAAUCUUGCACCUCCUAUGUCUCUUUCUUGCCUCGUCUCCACUUGUUAGGGUUUAGCCAUGCGGUAAUAGUUCAGUGUCUUUAGUCGGUUUGAAGAAAACUGUAUUAGGUAAGGUUGGUCGAUAACUAAAAGUGGACAUAAUCUGCUCCCCAUUCUUUUUAAGUAGCCAAGCAUGAAUCACAGUUCAAAAUAAUCCUUAUUCAUCUCAUCUUCUGAAAGAAACCGUCACAUGAUAGAGAUAUUAUAUUAUUAUAUUAGGACUAUCCACUUUUUCUGACAUAAAGUUCCACCAGUCAUUUAAUGCCAGAUCCCCACAGCAUUCAUUAGUCAUACUGAUCUCAUUACAAAAAAAAGAAAGUUGAAUUAUCAAGGAUGCAGACCACUGAAUUAAUUCCCACAAAAAUGAAGAGGGAUAUUACUAAAGACAGGAAAAAAUAUCAACCUGCCCAAGCAACACAGUCAACCUGACCUAAUGUAUCUGUAGAACCAAAAAUCUGGUCUAUGUUUUAACCACCUUCAUUCUGCACUGUUCCAGUUUAGACUUAAUUAAUUGGUUUUGAUGCCUUCUCUUGAGCUUGGCCCACUGGCGUUGGAAUUUGAGGGUUAUUUCCCUAGGGCCUUGGUAACACAGGCCUAGAAACCAGUUGGUGACCCCAUGACAACCAAAACCCUCCUUGUGAUUUCUUUGGUUACCUGUAGCUUUCAGAGAAGACGCUGACUUAUCUGCAAACACUCAUUAUUUAACCUCUGAGACGUACUAGAAACCAAUAAUGUUCCCCUUCAAAGUAAAAGUUCUUAGAAACCCCUAAAACCACUUAGCUUGACAGUUUGAAACCCUUGCCGACCCAACCGGCACGCUCACACAGCUAACCAUGGUUAAAUGAGUGGAGACGAGGGGAUCUCUCCUUUCUGUCUUUCAUCCUGGUGCCAUUUCUACGUGUCGAUAUUAGUUAAUCUUGUAGAUGUCAGGCAAAACGGAUGUAUCUGUCGUUGUUGCGAAGGCGACAAAUGACGUUUUUGAGUCUUUAUUUCCUCUGAGGGAUAUUGAACACUGGUGCCGGCAGACCUGCAGUCUCUCCUCAAGCUUUGGGACGGUUUCACAUAUCACAGUUUAAAAUCAAGCUCUGUGUGCAGUUAGAAAAUACUGGGGGGGAGAAAAAAACACGAAGAAACUUCUUUCUAUCCAAACCAUUCACAUUCAAGACAGUGAGGCUUUCUUUACAGCACUGUAUUAUGACGUUUUGGUGAGCAAGAGCCAGUAAGUAUACAAGUAAAACACUAAGACAUUAAAUUGAUUAGUGAUCAGUUGAGCAAAUCCUUUCAUUUUGCACAAAAAAGUCUGUAAUGAAGCUAAAUGUUUGGAGAAUGGAGAUGUGUGCCAACAUUUGUACCAAUCAGGGCCAAAUUGUUACGUUAUCCCACCUAAAUCUAGAAGAUUCCAAAAAAAGGAUCUUCAUAGUUGAACUGUAAAAGUUCUUUAAGCAAAUUUGACAGCAUAAGUUUGAGGUUAUUUCCGCACACCAUAUUGCAACAACACCGCAAACCUGAAGGAAGUUUAAGCCAUCAUCUUAUUUACAUAUUGUAGCAUGAGUACAACUUUUUGCAUCAGUGUUGCUUCCUUAUGCUGCUCCACUGCUGUUCAAAAGCACCCGUUGUCUGAGGUCCUCACAAAGCUUGAACAGUCAGGGACGAUCAGUACUGCAAACCCCAGCAGCCCUUCAGUAAGUACUACCUCACUUGCAGGGAUUUCUUCAGUAUAGAAACUAUAGCAAAUAAACUAAAAUCAUAACCAGGUUGCUAAAAAAAAUAAUAAUUCUAAAUGCUCUUGAUUUAAGGGAAAGGUUUCAGUUUAGGGGUAAACUUAAUUUGUUCCCUGAAGGUCUGACAGACAGAAACAGAAUAAGGCUACAAAGAAGUUUCCUCAUUUCCACCACAAUGUGUUUUCUUGUCCCACAAAGGGAGAUUGAACUGCAGAACGAAAAGGAUUCUUGAAUGACACCAACAUAAGGGAAAAACACCAGUAUUAUUCUUUUUAGUUCCCAUGUUUGUGUCCUCAAAUGCAAAACCUACUCACCAGUGUUCCAGCAGCCAAGUGGAUAUCCAAAAACUGCCUCCAAACUGGUUGGUUACCUGCCAAAGUGGUUGACAAAUCUUACCAGCCACGAGCAAAGAAACUCGCUGCUGUUUGGUUGGCAGUCACAUCCUAAGCACUGUAGGGGAAAGACUUCCGGCUUGAGUUUAAACUGCACUCAGAGAAACCGACCCAAACCGACAAAUACCAUUCAGGGAUUCAGUACUAUGCUUUUCUAAGUUCUAGCGAGUUAUAUGCAACCAGUGCCGCAAACUACCCUACACUUCUGUAGGAUCAGCUGCAGGAGUGAAUUUCAAUACACACACACACACAAAUAACUUGUAGCAUUUUUUUUUUUUUUAAAUCCGUGACCUUGCAUAUUGAUAUGUUGUAUUUAUUUUUUAAUUUACUGGCCUGAGGUUUUGGGGAUUGGAGCUCGAGUGCAACUCGGAAUAAAGUUCUGGCAUGAGCUUUGGUUUUUGUUGGGGUUUCAGGGUUUGGGGUGGGUUUUCAGUUGUAAUUCAGGAACUACUUUCAUUAAUUGAUUCAAAAAGAAAAAGAUAUAAACUUUACUCAUGCUUCUUUCUAUUCAGUCUAUGGACAAAAUGACCGAGAAUGAAUGUUCUUCAGACUCCUGGAUUCCAGUAUUGUGUGUACUUCGAUGGAUUGAGCCCGGCCCUGUGUAACUUUAGAGGGCUUUGCGUUUGGCUGGUUUCGUGUGAUUGUGCCCUGUCCCGUAGAAACUUGCAAAGCCCAGCGUAUUUGGACAUCCAUUCAUACACCUCUCGGUUGUACCGGCUCUGUGGUCCAUUAGGACCAAACAGACCAUCCAAAGGACGAUGGAAAAAAGGUUCUCAAAAACCUCUGGUCCUACCUUUGUUUUAGCACCUAAACUUCCAAAACAAAGCAGAUAUUUGGUUCUGUUUGUCUUCACCUGAUCAAGUACCCAAUUAAAGCAAUUGACAACAAUCUCGUCUACCAUCCAUUGGUUCCCCUCAGGUCUAGACCAUGCCUGUUCUGACUCCACCAAAGGAGCAUCUACAUGAUGCAUUGCUGAACUGAACUUUGAGAAUCUGUAGCGUUAACUUCUUGCACUGAAAAGUUAGGAAACUUCACCAAAAGAGCUCAUUUUAAUAGGUGGUGCUUCUAAAAUAGUCCAGAAUGAACAUGGCCCUAUGGAUCUAUAGCUCAAAUAUUUAAAUUUUGUGAGGUAAAGUUUUUCCUCUGGAAAUUUUUUGAAAGUAUUUGAGACAUUUGAUGUAGUAGAUGUAUAUUUUUCUUUAAACUAGCAGCUUCUUCUGGAAUCUCCUUUAUUGGCAAAAUUAGCUUCAUUGUAGGGGGAAAAGGUAGAAUUCUUUUUUUUUAAAUUAACUUUUUGUCAAGAAGAAGCUUCAAAGAAUUAUUAUUCAUUGUCAGUGGUCUUGUGAGCACCCCCAACUGAACGUCACCCAGUUUCUCAGCAAUGGGUAGUGAAAUGGAUCCUGCUAGAGUGAUUUAACUUUGGAAGCACCAGUUAAUCAAGUCAGUGAAAAUGUAAUUGAUUGGAUGUUGUCUCUGUAAUGAAGAUGCCAGCAGAGGUACACCCCACCCCCGACAAAUGAUCAUGAGAAUCCUCUUGAUUGGUAAAUGUUCACAAAAGAGGUUGCACAGCUUUCUAGAUGGCAACGACAACUGCAGGGCCUGUUAUACCCAAUGUUCUCGCCCUUGCAAAUGUUGGUGAACACUAAAAGUGCUGUCAUAUCCACUGGCCACACUUUGGUGUUUUUUUUUAGCUAAUAGCAUCAGGGGUUUUGUCACCUUUUCAGCUAGUGCAGGAGCUACCAGAUUAAAUUACACUUUCUGAGUUUCCUGUUUUGAUCUCUGGCACCGUUGUGGAGAUUGUGUCUUUUGUUCAGGAGGAUAGUGCAGCGAGUAGCGAGGCAGUGUUGAUAUCAGUGUUUGCAAGAUAGCUGGUCUCCUGAGCUUUUGAGGUGAGCUUUGGAAAAUAGUCCAGUCAUAUUCGACCCCCCUGAUUUGUAUAAUUUAUCUUGAACUUCAGCCUUAUCCUGAUGAGGAGCAGUUGACUUGGCGACCUGAGAGGAGUGAAAAGGAUGGAUCUUUUGGAUAUUUAAAGGUGUAUGGAUGGGUCCUGCGCAUGUUGAAGCUUUACAUGUUUCUACCUUGACUUCCUCCAGCCCAGCACCUCACAUUGCUGUGCAUAUAAACAGUGAAACAUUUGUGUCUUGUUGCCCCCACUAUUUUAAGCAGUCUAGGAUCUGUACAGACAUAAAUACCUGUAUCAACUAUAUACUCUGAGCUGAAUCUUUAUAAGUGCGUGUUGAACUUCAGUGUUUCCUCUACAUUCAUUUAUACUUUUCUUGUGUUUUGACUCUGCACCCAGGCCUGUAAAAGUUUCCCUUCACUAAGCUGGAGGCUCAUUGGAGUACUUUGUAAGGCAGAAAGAAAACGAAUUGUGAUGGUUCAGCCAAAGGUGUUCCUCUGGGAGCCUGCUUGGAUCCCCUGAUGGUUACAUUUUAAAAAGCCCUCCGAGCUCUUUAGGAGCUGUUGCAAUAUUCCCAUACAUGCUACUACAGUCAUCCACUACAGGUUAUUUCAUUCUAACUUCCCAGUCCCCUCCUUUUUCCUGCUGGUGGUAAAGAGUUUUAGAGGAAACAUUGAACUCCAUUGACCCCCACCGCUAAGACUGUCUUGGCAGUAAGAGAAGUCUGGUUACCAGGCCUGAAAUUUCUACAAAAAAACUCCACAAAACAAAUCAAAAAAAUAACAAAACAAAAAAAAAAUAAAAACACUACUUUGACCCCACAUUUCUCGAGGCUGUCGAGUUGCAGCGCUUAUCCAGGGUCUGCCAACACUGUCUCCAAUGCCAAUGAUGCUCACAGGUUGUUUAAGGCUGGGAGAAACUGAUCAGUCUGAACAUGAAACUUCAGUGUCAUGUUUUAAAAAGAAAAAAAAAAUCCUCUCUUCAGUGAUGAAAAUGUCUUUUUUUCUUUGCUCCUGAUACAUGUGACUGUACAUUUUAUGUUACUGAGAAACAAAUGUGAAAAUAAGAAAGAAACUAAGGUCUGCAAUUUCAAACUGGAAAGUGAAGUACAUCAAUCAAACAAAAACAAAAAAAGAAACAGCCCACUGGGUUUUCCUGAGCAGGAAUGAGUCUUUACCAGCUUCAAGGAUGUCCUCAUCCUGACCUCUGACAUCUCACAGAAGGGAUGAGAGGAAAAUCUCUUGAAAAAGUGUUAUGGCAGAGGAGGCAGGACUGAUCCCUGAUUAGCGCUGCGACUCUCGGCUAAUGUUAGCCGGCCAUGGUUUUUAUCAGCUGAAGUGAUCCACGUGAUGUAAAUAAAUGUGUUUUUAGAUUGUGAA